AUGGCGUCGACGGUGGAGGAGCAGAAGGUGCACUUUGACUCAAAAGAUGCGUUGACCAUGGUAGAGGAGCUGAGAGGCAGCUAUGGUUCUGGGAAGACCAGAAGCUACGAGUGGAGAGAGUCGCAGCUGAAGAACCUUUUGAAAGUGGCAGAAAACCACGAACAAGAAAUUGUUGAUGCCCUUCGCUCUGACCUCUCCAAACCUGAAUUUGAAGCCUACGUUCAAGAGAUAUCUAUGUUAAAGGGCUCAUGUAAGUUGGCACUCAAAGCGCUGAGAAAUUGGAUGAAGCCAGAAAAGGCUAAAACUUCACUAACCACUUUCCCUUCGUCAGCCGAAAUAGUGUCUGAACCUCUUGGUGUUAUACUAAUAAUUUCAGCAUGGAAUUAUCCUUUCUUGCUGUCCCUUGAUCCAGUUGUCGGUGCCAUAGCAGCUGGUAAUGCUGUGGUCCUUAAACCAUCAGAACUUGCUCCAGCUACAUCGUCAUUGCUUGCAAAACUAGUAGGUGAAUAUAUGGAUAGCUCUUCUAUAAGAGUUGUUGAGGGGGCAGUUGCUGAAACAUCUGCACUGUUAGAUCAAAAGUGGGACAAAAUAUGUUACACAGGCAAUGGAAGAGUGGGACGUAUAGUGAUGGCUAGUGCUGCAAAGCACCUUACACCUGUUCUUCUGGAGCUCGGAGGAAAAUCUCCUGUUGUUGUUGAUUCUGGUAUCAACUUACAAGUUGCAACUAGGCGAAUAAUUGUAGGAAAGUGGGGGUGUAAUAAUGGACAGGCUUGCAUCUCCCCCGAUUACAUUGUAACAACAAAAGAUUUUGCUCCUAAGCUGGUGGAUUCUUUGAAACGUGAAUUAGAGAAUUUUUAUGGAAAGAAUCCAUUAGAAUCAAAAGAUUUGUCUCGUAUAGUGAAUUCAAAUCACUUUGCUCGCUUGACAAAGCUCUUGGAUGAGGAUAAGGUUUCUGGUAAGAUCGUCCUGGGAGGUGAAAGGGACAAAACCAACUUGAGGAUAGCUCCCACCAUCUUGCUCGAUGUCUCACGGGACUCUUUGAUCAUGAAUGAGGAAAUAUUUGGUCCUUUGCUUCCCAUUCUCACGGUCGACAGAGUGGAAGAAAGUUUUGACUUGAUAAACUCAGGAACAAAGCCCCUUGCUGCAUAUUUGUUUACUAACAAUAAGAAGCUGAAGGAGCACUUUGUAAGGACUGUCUCCGCCGGGGGUUUGGUUGUCAAUGACACUACCAUACAUCUUGCUGUUCCGUCCUUGCCAUUUGGAGGAGUUGGGGAAAGUGGAAUGGGUGCAUACCAUGGAAAAUUCUCCUUUGAUGCGUUUAGCCAUAAGAAGGCAGUUGUUUAUCGAGGUUUCGCUGGUGAUGCUUCUGUGAGGUACCCACCAUACACAAAGGGGAAGCUAAGACUUCUUAAGGCUCUGAUCGGCGGUGGCAUAUUAAGCAUAAUCCGCGCUGUGUUUGGAUGGUCCAAGGCUUAA